UUUCUCCUCAUUCCCUUCCCUCCCCACUCCUCGCUCGAUUUGCCCCCUUCCAUACGGACACCCGGGGGCGAUCAACUAAGCCGCCGCGCGUACUCAUCGAGCUACAGGCCGCGCGAUACAACAACGCCCCGUGUGCGCGCGUCGUACGUGCGUGGUGAUCCACGGGCCGGCCACUCACGGCUAGACGACGAGUGCUUCCGUCUGAACAAAUCCAGCCCCGAAUCUUUGUUAAUAUCCUUUCUCUUUUGCGUCGAUCGAUCAUAUCCAUUUCCGUCUAUAAAUUUAGCGCCUCGCUAGCUUUUGAACACCCCCAUCUUUCUCCCGGUUUCCCUCCAAAAGCAGCACGAGUACGUGCAGCGGCAGAAGCUUGCGCCGCCAUGUGUGAGGGGCUCGUUGGCCAGCUGUUGCCACCGUGCCGGUGCAAUGCCAUGGACGGCGGCGGCGACGGCCGUAUGCUCGGCGCGGUCGUUGUCUCUCCGGACGUCUCUGUCGUUGUUGUGAACGAUUCGACGACCGUGACAACGUGCAAGCAGCCGCCUCUGGUCUUGGCCGAUAAGCCGUCGUUGACCAGGGGCGCGGCGAGGGAGGCCGUGUCGAUCCUGAGGCUGUCAUUGCCGAUGAUUUUGACGGGUCUCAUACUCUUCGUCCGGCCGAUGAUAUCGAUGCUCUUUCUUGGCCGGCUUGGGGAGCUCGCCCUCGCCGGCGGGUCGCUCGCCAUCGGCUUCGCCAACAUCACGGGGUACUCCGUCCUGUCCGGCCUCGCCAUGGGCAUGGAGCCCGUGUGCGGACAGGCCGUGGGAGCCAAGAACCUCCCCCUCGUCGGCGCCACCAUGCAGCGGACGGUACUCCUCCUCCUUGCGGUGUCCGUGCCCGUCGCCUUCCUCUGGGCGCACAUGGAGCCGCUGCUCCUGCUGUGCGGCCAGGACGCGGCCAUCUCCGCCGCCGCUCAGCGCUACAUUCUCUUCUGCCUCCCGGACCUCCUCUUCCAGUCGUUCCUCCAUCCUCUCCGCAUCUACCUCCGCACCCAGUCCGUCAACUUCCCGCUCACCGCCUGCGCCGGGCUCGCCGUCGCCAUCCACUUCCCCAUCAACCACUUCCUCGUCUCGGUCCUCGGGCUCGGCGUCGAAGGCGUCGCCCUCGCCUCUGCCUGGGCCAACCUCAACCUCGUGCUGCUCCUCCUCGCCUACAUCUACGUCUCCGGCGUGCACCGCGCCACCGGUGGCUUCACGCUCUCUGUCAAGCUGUUCAAGGACGUUACCGGGUGGAUGCGGCUGGCCCGCCUAUCCGUCGAGAGCUGCGCCAGCGUCUGUCUCGAGUGGUGGUGGUACGAGAUCAUGAUCCUUCUCUGCGGCCUUCUGGCCAACCCCAAGGCGACCGUCGCAUCCAUGGGGGUGCUCAUCCAGACCACGUCCCUGCUCUACAUCUUCCCCUCGUCCCUCAGCUUCGGCGUGUCGACGCGUGUCAGCAACGAGCUCGGCGCGAACCGUCCGGGCGCCGCGCGCGCCGCGGCCCGUGCGGGUCUCGCGCUGAGCGCGCUCCAGGGCGUUGCCUCCUUCCUGUUCGCCGUGGCCGUGCGCGACGUAUGGGCGCUCAUGUUCACGUCGGACGCGGUCAUCCUGGCGCUCACGGCGUCAGUGCUGCCCAUCCUCGGGCUGUGCGAGAUCGGCAACUGCCCGCAGACCACCGGAUGCGGCGUGCUCCGCGGGAGCGCACGCCCCAAGGACGGCGCGCACAUCAACCUCGGCGCGUUCUACGGCGUCGGCACGCCCGUGGCCGUGGCGCUGGCUUUCUGGGCGGGGCAGGGUUUCAAGGGCCUCUGGCUUGGCCUCCUCGCCGCGCAGGCCGCCUGCGUCGCGGUCAUGCUCGUGGUGAUCGGGCGGACGGACUGGGCCAAACAGGCGGAGCUCGCACAGGUGCUCGCCGGAGUUGUCGCCCCCAUCGAUGACUGCAGGCUCCAGGAUGUGAACGGAGACGGUGGGAAAGACGUGGCGGCGCGCGUCAAGGUUGCGGCGCCCCACGGCGACGAGGACUCCAGCUUGCUCAUCAAUGUGCAGGGCUGACCGGCACUAUACCUUGACGACGACGGCCGUCUACGUAUGUAUGAAUCACGGUAAAGAACUAGUUAGUGUUCAGUACGUGGUGUGAAAAAAAUUCCGGUCUGAACAAUUUUUGGGAAGUUCAAUUUUUUUUAAAUGGAUAAAAGCAUUUGGCUUUUUAUAUCAAAAGAUAUAUACAUGUAACUAUUGAUUAUUAUAAUAUUCUACCGUAUGUAGCCAAACACACGAAGCAAACAUGAGUUGGUGAGUACAUGUACCAUGUUAUUGCGUAAAAACACCUGAGACUUUGAGGUGAAAAAGCUGGGUGUUUUCUGUAAUUACGUGGUCGAAUUAGGUGUGUUGAGUGACUGCUAAUAUGUAGGUGGCCCUGGAAGCCGAGAUUUUUUGUAUUUUUUAUUAUUUUCCACAUGUACGAUGUAUACUUGUAUAUGUACACACAAUAUUGA